UCAUUGCAAUUUAAAUUUUUGCGCCAUUUUCGAUAGCAGUAGAAAAGCAGCAGAAAGGGUGACAUGGAUAUCGAUGCGCGCGCAAUUCCACAUCUACCCUACUUAUUUGUUUGACGUCGUCAGUGGUUAAGGUUACGACUAAGUUAUUGUGAAAUAUUCAUUUAUUAAAUGCACAAAUGCUGUACAACACUCCAAGUUCAGAGGUCCCGAAGACGAUUAAAUGGAUUGCAACUUCCUUUAAACUAUUGGCAAGUUAUCGGAUGGGUUGUCUUUUUGAUAACAGCGUCAUUUAACUUAGUAGUGUUAAUUCAGAUACAAUUUUACGAGUUGAAACUGGUGUCGAUCAUAGUUUAUGUUGUUUUGUAUGCGUUUCAUAUAAUUUCGCAUCUCGCUGCGUUACUGUUGGAUCCGGGAGAAGCGGAUUUACGGAAGCAGGAAGCGAGCACUGUCCCAGAGUUUGACCGUACAAUUCACGCCCACGUAAUAGAAAAUGGGAGAUGUCAUUUGUGUAAUAUAAACACCAGUUCUAGGAAGACUAAACACUGCGGCAUAUGCAACAAAUGUGUAGACGGCUUCGAUCAUCACUGCAAGUGGUUGAACAAUUGUGUCGGUCAGCGCAACUACACCGCCUUCAUUCUGUGUGUCAUUUCAGCGUUAUUGAUAUCGUUGUUUACAUCAGUUUUGUGUGUAACAGAUAUUGUAUUGUUUUUUAAAAAUCCAGAUCAGCUAAGUUUGAUGACGCAACAAUUUGUAAAUUGUACACAAGUAGCGAAUGUAAGUUGCGACACUCAAUAUUGUGCACGUUCGAUAUCGUUUGUAACAUUCCUGUUUGUAUUGUGCGUUUCUGGUUUAGCUAUUGCGUGUGCUUUGUUACAUUUGAUAUGUUUUCAUGUUUACUUGUCUGUCCUGGGCGUCUCUACCUACGAAUACAUAAUAAAAAAUCCCCAAACGACUUCAAUAAAUUUUCGGUGCUGUAGAAAAAAAAUUAGACAGCUCUACCUAAUUAAUGGGCAUAAAACAAAAACCAACGAGAUUCCUAUGGAAAAAGCGGUUUAUAACCAGAAUACAUCGCAAAGUGAAUCUAACGUUCAAAGUUUCUUAAGUGACUUAAUUAAUGACGAAAUUAAUAAGGCUAAAAAAAUUUUCUUGUACGAUAAUAAUAAAAUUCACCCAAGUAAUGAAGACGGAAUAAGUUAGCAAUUUUUAUAAAUUGGGAAUUUUGAACAUCUGAGAAAUGUACGUACCUAUGCUUUUUGGUCAAAUCUUUUAGUUAGAAGGUAGAACAGAAAAUAUGUUAGUUUGAUAGGUACAUAAUAUAUUUAUCAAUAAGUAUAAUGUAGGUAUAUUGUUAUCUGUUUUAAUGUUUGUAUAAAUUUAGCUUUGUUCAACUGCCGAGUGCCUUAAUUGUUAUACUUUUAUUUAAUAUUUCGAUAGAUUUUUGUUCUUUUGUAAUUUAUAUAUCUGAGCAAUUAUGUACUAACCAAAAUACAAAAGUUACCGUACGUACGUACCUACCUACUUGUUAUAUUUUUCUAAAUAAAUUGUUGAAAAUCGUAA